AUGGCAAAGAAAGAUAAAAAGUCCAAAGAGGCUAAAAAGGCUAGAGCUGCUGAAAAGCAAAAAAAAAGUGCUGCUAAAGCUGAAUUAAAAGAUAAAAAAUUGGCAAAAAAAUUAGGUGAAGAAGAAGAUGAUGAUGAUAUUGAUGCUAUUUUAGAAAAAUAUGCUCAAGAACAAUUAGAAUUUACUGAAAUCAAAAUUGAUAUUUGUGAUCAUCACCCUACGAAAAGAUUAAAUCCAACUAUGGUUAGUAAUCCUUUACAUAAUAAACGUGAAUUGAUAUUAUUUGGAGGUGAAAAUAGUGAUGGACAUGUCAGUAAAUUUUAUAAUGAUUUAUAUACUUAUUCCAUUGAUAAUGAUAUUUGGAGGAAAUUUUCUAGUAAAAAUUCUCCAUUACCAAGAUCUUCUCAUGCCAUGUGUUCUCAUCCUUCAGGGAUAAUAUUAAUGUUUGGUGGGGAAUUUUCUUCUCCAAAACAAUCGACAUUUUAUCAUUAUGGUGAUACUUGGAUACUUGAUGCCGAUACAAAAGAAUGGCAAAAAUUAGAUUCUAAAAAAGGUCCUAGUGCAAGAUCAGGUCAUAGAAUGGCAGUUUGGAAAAAUUAUAUUAUUUUACAUGGUGGAUUUAGAGAUUUGGGUACCAUGACUACUUAUUUAAAUGAUAUUUGGUUAUUUGAUGUAACUGAAUUCAAAUGGAUUCAAGUUGAAUUUCCUCCAAAUCAUCCUAUUCCUGAUGCUAGAUCAGGACAUUCUUUAUUACCAUGUGCUGAUGGGGCAGUUGUUUAUGGAGGCUAUACCAAAGUGAAAGCUAAAAAAGGUUUACAAAAGGGUAAAGUGUUGAAUGAUUGUUGGUUAUUAAAAAUGAAACCAGAUCCUAAAGCUGUACGAUUUGAAAGAAGGAAAAAACAGGGGGCUUUACCAUCACCAAGAGUUGGAUGUUCUUUAGUUUAUCAUAAAAAUAGAGGAAUGUUAUUUGGAGGGGUUUACGAUUUUGAAGAAAGUGAGGAAAAUUUGGAUUCAGAAUUUUAUAAUCAAUUAUAUACUUAUCAUAUUGAAAGUAACCGUUGGUAUAAUUUAUAUUUGAAACCUCAAAGAAAGAAAAAGGAAACAAUUAAAGAAAAAACUCGAGAUGAAGAUUUAGAAGAAAUUUUGAAUUCAAUUUUGGCAAAAGCAAAUUUAAAUGAUGAAAUAGAUAAUGAAGAAGUAACCAAAAUUGAACAAUUAAAACAACUUGAAAAAAAUAAUAAUGAACCAGAACGGGAAACCAUUGAAUAUCCAAUUAUGAAUCAAUUACCUCAUCCUAGAUUCAAUGCUACCACGUGUGUUGUCGAUGAUGUCUUGUAUAUAUAUGGGGGUAUUUUUGAAAGAGGAGAACAAGAAUUUAAUUUAGAUUCAUUUUAUGCUAUUGAUUUGGGAAGAUUAGAUGGGGUUAAAGUAUUUUGGGAAGAUUUAUCUGAAUUAGACAAGAGUGAGGCCAAUUCUGAUGAAGAAGAAGAUGAUGAUGAGGAUGAAGGUGGUGAUGAUGAAGAAGAAGAUGAGGUGGAUAAUAUUCUUGAAGAUGAAUUAGAGGACGAAGAAGUGGAAGAAGAGGAGGAGGAAGGAGAAAUUGAAGAAGAGUUCCCAGAUGCAAGAUCAUGGUUGCCUCAUCCAAAACCAUUUGAGUCGUUGCGUGCUUUCUAUUCUCGUACUGGGGCCCAAUUUUUGGAAUGGGCUAUUUCAAGUAAUAGAGACGCUCGUGGUAAAGAUUUGAAAAAGGCUGCAUUUGAUAUGUGUGAAGAUAGAUUUUGGGAAAGAAGAGAAGCAGUGUCUGUUGCUGAGGAUAACUUGGAAGAAAUGGGUGGUGUUGGUGAAGUUGUUGAAAAAGACACUAGCAAAACCCCAUCUAAAAGAAGAUAG